GAAGUGUCUCUUGUUUGCGAUGUGACAGGCAGAUGAUUUAUUUAUGGAUUUGCGGUUUUUAUCCUUUGAUUAAUCCAGGUUUUUAUUACAGUUAAAGUCUAGACUGCACAAAAACAUUAGGCAUGUAGUAAGCGAUUUCACAGAAGUUUUCAAAUGGCGUUUCAAUUUAAUAAUCAAGGGAUAAAUCCCACAUCAAUUUUGUCUGGAAGUUCCGCUUCAUUUUUAAGUUCUUCGGACCCAAAUGACUUUACGUUAAUUGGAAUAAAUGACAAUCCGCUAGAAUUUAAUUUAAAUAAGAACAAAUCCGCUUCUAGAUCGGACGAUAAAGAUGAUUCCAGUGGAAGCCCAUCCGACAAACGCGAAAGACGAUCGCGACGUGAGAGAGAACAUCGUGAUGCGGACAAGGGAAAAGACGACUCCGAUUCAAACUUGUCCAACUCCCAAGAUGUUGUGACUUUACAAAAUGGACCGACGCUCGGACCAAAUAUGUGGAGUGGAAUGAUGAACAUGGGGUACCCAAUGGUGGGAAUGAAUAUGAUUGUUGAUCCUAAUAUGAUGUCGAUGAAUAAUUACGGUAUGAUUCCUCCAAUGAUUACACCCGAUCCUAAUAUUUUGACGUCGGAUCCUAACAUGAUCAUGAGUCCCGUUAAGGAAAUUAUACAUUGUAAAUCUUGUACACUGUUUCCUCCCAAUCCGAAUGCGCCUCCGCCUACAACUAGAGAGCGACCACCGGGCUGUCGCACAAUUUUUGUCGGGGGCCUACCCGAAAAUAUUACCGAAGAUAUCAUAAGAGAGGUGUUCGAGCGGUGCGGCGAAAUAACGACGUUACGUUUAAGUAAAAAGAAUUUUUGUCAUAUACGAUUUUUAUUUGAAGAGUCGGUUGAUGCAGCAAUUUUUUUGUCAGGAUACAGAAUUCGGAUUGGUUCUAAUACGGAUGCGCCUAAUACAGGACGGCUGCAUGUGGAUUAUGCACAGGCUCGAGACGAUCAAUACGAGUGGGAAUGUCGUCAAAGACAGUUGCAAAGGGAACAACGACAUAGAGAACGCAUGGAGGAGGAACGUUUGAGACCUCCGUCACCUCCCCCAGUUGUGCACUAUACCGAUCAUGAAGCGGCUUCUGUAGCUGAAAAGCUUAAACUUGAUGAAACUUUCACAAAGGCGGUACAAAUAUUGCUCACAUGGUUGGAAAGAGGGGAUUGCAGCAAACGUAAUUCAAACACUUUCUAUUCAAUGAUUCAAUCGACCAACUCGCAUGUAAGACGACUUUUGACUGAAAAAACGCAGUACGAAGACGAGUUGCAAAAGGCGAAGGAAAUAAUGAAGGGUCGGAUGCAAGGCAUUCUCCUGCAAUUCAGUCAGAUCGAGCGUGUGUUCCUCGCUGCCUGUCACAAGAAGGUUUGGGACCAUUUCACGAAAGCCCAGCGAAAAAACAUCGAAUUAUGGAAAAAACAAUCAAUGGAACUCAAGAAUAUACAGUUGGACGAUGAACCACAAUUUGAAAGGGCCGAUGAUGAAAUGGAGGUAUCAGAUGGAGAAGAAAGCUCUCGUAAACGCCCCCGUGUUGAUACACAUUAUGAGGAAAGAAAUUCACUACGAGAGGAAAAUGAUAAUUUGCGCUGUCAAAUGGAAGCGUACAAAAAUGAGGUCGAAGUAAUUAAAGUGGACUUAAAGAGAGAACUCGAAGAAAAAGAUAAACAAUUUAAAAUGCUACAACAUACGUUGCAGGGAAUGCAGCAGCAGUUGAUUGAUGCUAAACGUAAGCAAUCCGAAGAGGAGUGCAAAGCGAAAGAUCUCCAAACGAAGAUUCAGCAACUGUCCGAAGCAAAAACAAAGACAAGCUCGGAAAGGGACAUCGUCAAUUUAGACGACAGCGAGCCGGAGCAAUCGGAAGCGAGUGUUUGUGAUGCGGCUAGUGAUAUCGUUGUCGUGUCUGUGCCGCCGUUGAAUGAACGUGAUGCUAGACUAGUCGGUAUCAUUUCCACGUUUUUGAAUGUGCAUCCUUUCGGCGCAGGGUUAGAUUACAUAUGGUCUUAUGUCAGUAAGUUGGAAUCAAAUCUAAAGCCUUCGGAUAUUGAGGUGUUGAUGACUCGUUUCCCUACUGUAUUCAAGCAAGAGUUAAUGGGUAUCGGUGCGAAUAUUGAAAGACGCUGGUUAUUUAAUGCUUUUAGUUCCACGAAUUGAGUUCCUUUUUGUAAAGUAGUGUACCUUAUUUUCCCCACUACACAUAUCUGAUGUAUUUUUUUUUUAAUUUAAGAUAUGAAUGCAUCCAUUAGGGUAUUAGUAUGUAGAAAUAUUAUUUGAACAGAGUUCAAAUAUAAAGUUUAAAAAUAA